AGGGUUAAUUAGGGACAAGCAGGGGGAUUGGGUAUGCGGGUUUAGCGCUAAAAUUGCUGCCCAAUCAGCACUUGAAACUAAAAUAAAUGCUUUGUAUCUGGGACUAAAAAUGGCCACAAAGCUCAAAUGCAACAGCCUGAGGAUCUUCUUCGGGAGUUGGGGAACCCACUGGUACGCCAUGAAGGUAGAAGGCUUAACAGAGCUGCAGACAUUUUGGCUAAGGCAGGAAGGAAGAAAGAUGUACAUCGCUAUUUUGAAGAAUGGGCAGUUCCACCUGUGUUUAUUCGUAAUGCUGUUAUAAUAGAUAAAGAGGGAACUUCCGUUGUUAAGCAGUAUUUUGAUAUGCAUGCUAGUGUCAACUUUAUUAGUAAUCAAGCUGUUGCACGGUAUAGUUUGCCGGUAUCUACUACUGAAUGUAAUAUUAGUACUCUAGAUGAUGGCCCUAUAGGGUCUAUUCCGCAGCUUUACAAUAUGUAUGAAGAAUAUUAAGUAAUAAAUAAAGUCUUUUUCUACCAAAAAAAAAAAGAAAGAGAGAGAAAAUGUUUGUGGGUUAUUGUUUAGCCAAAAAUAUUAAAUAUAGCCAUUUAAUGCCAACUUUUGAA